AUGCGAAAUUAUUUGUAUGGCAGAGGGUUUGCUGUGUAUGCGACACCUACAGGAUCUGAAGAUGUUGGUUCGAGGAAAACCGUCGCUCUUCCUGAUAGUACUUUUGGGAAGGGCAAGACCAGAGUAGAGCGUGCACCAGAUCAAGAGAAAACAAUCAGGAAUCCGAGCGGAAUUCGCAAGCUGAACCUCCAAAAAGUUGAGUCUGAAUUGCUGAGCCCCGAACUUUCCACUAAGCUCUUAUCCGACUUGAUUCCAUCCUGCAUAGAGUUCUACGAAACUCCCAUUAGUAUUGCUACUCUGCCGGUAAAGAAGUUAUCGCCCUCUUUAGCGUCAUCUUCCUCUGUAUCUGCUGCAGCAAUCAGCAUAGCGAAGCCCGAGAAGGUAUCCAUAUACGGGUCAGUAUCGACUACGGAUAUUGCCGUGAAGAUGAAGACCAUUCUAGCCCAGGAUUCAGAAGGGAAGCGGAUAGUCUUCGGACCAGAAAAUAUCAAAUUUGUUCAGGAGACGGAUGAGCAGGACCGUGUUAAACACUUGGGCACAUUUGAGGUUGAUAUACAACUCAAAGGGUUUCCUGAUUCUGUCCGAAAGGCGAUCAGAAUCAAUGCUCAGAACUAA